GAACAAUGGCCGCUCCAAAGAAUUACCAGAGACGCGGCGAGCUGGUCCUGCUGUGCGUGCUCAUGGGCACGCUGUGGGAAAUCGGGAGAGGACAGAUCCAUUAUUCGGUGCCAGAAGAGAGCGACAAAGGAUCCUUCGUGGGUAACAUCUCCAAGGACCUGAAUCUGGAGUCACAAGAGCUGGUGAAGCACGGAGUCCGCAUUGUCUCCAGAGGUAGGACGCAGCUUUUUGCUCUGAACCGGAAAACUGGCGGCUUGCUCACCGCAGGCAGGAUAGACCGGGAGGAGCUUUGUGCUCAGAGCAUGCAGUGUCUAGUAAAUAUCAACAUCCUGAUUGAGGGCAGAGGAAAACUUUUUGGGAUAGAAAUAGAAAUCACUGAUAUCAAUGAUAAUAACCCAAAAUUCCAGGUCGAAAAUCUGGAAAUGAAAAUUAAUGAAAUCGCUGCGCCUGGAACACGUUAUCCGCUCCCAGAGGCUGUUGACCUGGACGUGGGCAUGAAUUCCUUGCAGAGCUACCAGCUCAGCCCCAAUCACCACUUCUCCCUGGACGUACAAACUGGAGGCGACGGAACUCUACACCCAGAGCUGGUGCUGGAGAAGGCCCUGGACCGCGAGGAAGAGGCUGCGCAUCACCUGGUCCUCAUUGCCUCGGACGGCGGUGACCCGCGUCGCUCCAGCACAGUGCACAUCCACGUGACAGUGCUGGAUACAAACGACAAUGCCCCGGUCUUUGCUCUACCGAUUUACCAAGUGAAAGUCCCAGAGAACGUGCCCCCGGGCACCCGGCUGCUUACUGUGAGCGCUAGCGACCGGGAUGAGGGAGCCAACGGAGAAGUAGCCUAUAGAUUCUGGAAAAUUAGUGAAAAGCAGUCUCCGCUAUUCCAGCUGAAUGAAAAUACUGGGGAAAUAUCAACGGCAGAGAGUCUAGACUAUGAAGAAUGUGCAUUUUAUGAAAUGGAAAUACAAGCUGAAGAUGUGGGGGCACUUUUGGGGAGGACCAAAGUGCUCAUUUCAGUGGAAGAUGUAAAUGACAAUAGACCGGAAGUGAUCAUUACAUCUCUGUUUAGCCCAGUCUUGGAAAAUACUCCUCCUGGAACAGUAAUUGCCUUCUUGAAUGUGCAUGACCGAGACUCCGGGAAGAAUGGUCAAGUUGUCUGUAACACACCUCAUAAUUUACCUUUUCAAUUGGAAAAAUCAAUAGAUAAUUAUUAUAGAUUGGUGACGUGGAAAUAUCUGGACCGAGAAAAGAUCUCUGUGUACAAUAUCACAGUGAUGGCCUCAGAUCUAGGGGCUCCUUCUCUAUCUAAUGAAACUUAUAUCACCCUGUAUGUGGCAGAUAUCAAUGACAAUCCCCCCACUUUCCCUCAAGUCUCCUAUUCAGCCUAUAUCCCAGAGAACAACGCCAGAGGUGCCUCCAUCUUCACUGUGAUGGCUCAUGACCCCGACAGUGGCAAAAACGCCCAGGUGACUUACUCUGUGACUGAGGACAUCAUCAUGGGAAGCCCUCUCUCCUCCUAUGUUUCCAUCAACUCAGACACUGGCGUCCUAUAUGCGCUGUGUUCCUUUGACUAUGAGCAUAUACGAGACUUGCAGUUACUGGUGACAGCCAGCGAUGGCGGGGACCCUCCACUCAGCAGCAACGUGUCACUGAGCUUGUUCGUGCUGGAUCAGAAUGACAAUGCGCCUGAAAUCCUGUACCCCGCCCUCCCCGCCGAUGGUUCCACAGGUGUGGAGCUGGCACCCCGCUCCGCAGAGCCCGGCUACCUGGUCACCAAGGUG